GAGUUUAUAUCUUCUAUUGCUGAUUUAAAUGGUAUAAAAUUGUUAAAAUCAAUAAAAGAUUUCAAUAACCUUGAUGAUAUUAUCAAUACAAUCAAUACAUAUCAAAAAUUUGAAGAUUAUCUUUCUUUUAAUCAAAAUAAUAGUUUUUUAAAAUUUAUACUUGAUACUUUAAGAGUUUA